CACGCCCCCCGCAGCCCUCCAGGCCCCCGCCAGGCUCCGCAGCGCUAAGCCCUUCGCUCGCUGUUCCGGGCUCAUCAACACUUCUCGUCGCUUCCCCCGCUCGGUCAACCUCCGAGCGACCUCUGAUUCCCUUCUUCAUGGCGUCGCUUCUGUGCUGUGGGCCCAAGCUGGCCGCCUGCGGCAUCGUCCUCAGCGCCUGGGGAGUGAUCAUGUUGAUAAUGCUUGGAAUCUUUUUCAAUGUGCAUUCCGCUGUACUAAUUGAAGACGUUCCCUUCACGGAGAAAGAUUUUGAGAAUGGACCCCAGAACAUAUACAACCUGUACGAGCAAGUCAGCUACAACUGUUUCAUCGCUGCGGGCCUGUACCUCCUCCUCGGAGGUUUUUCUUUCUGCCAGGUUCGGCUCAAUAAACGCAAGGAAUACAUGGUGCGCUAGAGCGCCGCCACGGUUUCCCUCUGCAGCCCCCUCCCUCUAUUUAAAGACUGUUCCCCACACUGUAUCACCGUCACCCCUACACCUCAGAUUCAGGGCCUCUGCAAGACUGGGCUUCCCUACUCAGAGACGGAGUCCCGUGAUCUCCAAUCUCUGGCAUCCCGCUCCGGUGGAGGGAGGCUUAGGGCUGGCCUUUCCCUCUCCCUCCGGCCUUCUUGCCUUGUCCCACAUCCCAAUAAAGAGAAACUGCUCUC